AAUGGGAGCCUGGUUCCUUGCUCCGUGGAGGUGUGGGUCGGCUAGGGUGGUUGCGAGAGAUGAGAGCUUCCCAACCGUGGAGAGCCCCGGCAGUAGCCAUAGCGGGGAGGGCUGGCGUUUCUCCAGAGCCUCCUCCGGGGCCAGGAAGAUGCUACAGUGCCUGACUUCGGAAAGUGAGGAAGGGGGCGAAGAGAGGGAGGAGAGUUCUACAGAAGAUCUAGAAGAGCUAGAAGAAUUUGUCACCCUGGCUUUUGUGAAAGAGAACACACAAAAGAGGCUUCAGAAUGCCCCGCAGCAUGGCAAGAAGAAGAGGAAGAAAAAAAGGUUAGUAUUGGAAAACGAGGAGUUGGGGCGGGGGUGCAGAUCAGUGUUGAUAAGAUCAGGAAGGACCGGAGGGAAGAGGGCCUUGGCUGAUGAGAGGAAAGGGAGACACCAUGGGCUUGGCUUGUCAAGAUCACACUACUUUCAGUUCACAUAAAAGAAGUCACUUUCAGUGUUCUGUUUUAUGGAAUCCCAUAAUAGUGUGUAUAACCCGGAGUCACACCUUGUUCUGAUUUUUGUUCUAUUUGUGUUUAAAUGCUUUUUAAAGACUGGGUGGGGAGGGAGCUCCGUGCUGAAGGAGUAGGAACAGUUUCCCUUCCGAAGUGUAAGCGCGCGUGAGUCCUGGGAAUUUCACAUCCUCGGGGUGUAACAGGACCACGGUGACUUACCAGAGCUCGUGCAUCCUGGUUCUGGGUUAACACUCAGCUGUGCCUGGCCGAGAGCUUGUCUACUUUCUAAAUCGCUUCCCUUAGUGGGGAGAGAAGAAGGGGAUGAUAUUUUAGCCAGAAAUGAAUGUGUGACUUUUAAAAUUCCUGUCCCUGUGUGGCUGGUGAUGUAAAAAAUAAAAAAGCACAGGGACCACUGGGAAUGCAGCGUAGAGUUAAGAGUGCUUACCUUUCAGGUGGGAGACCCUGGGUUCAAAUCCCAUUGCUGACAAAAUUAAAAAGGGGGUGGCGGCAAUGAUGUUAACAUGAAGCUGAAAGCAAAAUUAACCCUGAUUGUAAUAAAUAUAUAAUGGAAUGUAUACAUAUAUACAAAUAAUAACAGACUAUAUAAAUAAUGACAGACCUACAAGUCCAUGGUCCUACACCCCUUUGCAACCUCAUUCUUAGUGAUGGGAUGGGCAGGCCCUGCAGGCUUAGUGUGGCAGCUGGGCGUGCAUGUCUGGUCCCAGCCCUGUGUUCUGGUCAGGGUGUCUGUCUCUGUCUUGCUGUCUGCCUUUUUCUUUUCCAGAUGAUUGGUGAUUAAUCUAUCCAACUGCCGCUACGACAGUGUGCGCAGGGCAGCGCAGCAGUAUGGCCUUCAGGAGGCGGGAGACAAGGAUGACUGGACUCUCUACUGGACGGACUUCUCAGUGUCGCUGGAGCGAGUGAUGGAAAUGAAGAGUUACCAGAAAAUCAAUCAUUUUCCCGGGAUGAGUGAGAUCUGCCGCAAGGACUUGCUGGCCCGGAAUAUGAGCCGGAUGCUAAAGCUGUUUCCUAAGGACUUCCAUUUCUUCCCUAGGACGUGGUGUCUUCCCGCUGACUGGGGAGAUUUGCAGACUUACAGCAGGUCAAGAAAAAAUAAGACGUACAUUUGUAAGCCAGACUCAGGCUGCCAAGGGAAAGGCAUAUUCAUCACCCGGACCGUGAAAGAAAUCAAGCCGGGGGAGGAUAUGAUCUGUCAGCUUUAUAUUUCAAAGCCCUUUAUCAUCGACGGGUUCAAGUUUGACCUGCGGGUUUACGUGCUGGUGACCUCCUGUGACCCUCUCCGGGUCUUUGUGUACAAUGAAGGACUGGCUCGCUUUGCCACCACCUCUUACUCCCACCCCUGCACAGACAACCUGGAUGAGAUCUGCAUGCACCUAACUAAUUAUUCCAUCAAUAAGCAUAGUUCCAACUUCAUUCAAGAUGCUCAUUCUGGCAGCAAGAGGAAACUCUCCACCUUCAACUCGUACAUGAAGUUGCAUGGCUAUGAUGUGGAGCAGAUUUGGAGGGCCAUUGAGGAUGUCAUCAUCAAGACACUCAUCUCGGCUCACCCGGUCAUCAAACACAACUACCACACCUGCUUCCCCAGCCACACGCUCAUCAGCGCCUGCUUUGAAAUUCUCGGUUUUGACAUCUUGUUGGACCGCAAACUCAAACCCUGGCUGCUCGAGGUCAACCAUUCUCCAAGCUUCUCCACUGACUCCAAGUUGGAUAAAGAGGUGAAAGACAGUCUGCUCUACGAUGCCUUGGUCCUCAUCAACCUGGGGAGCUGUGACAAAAAGAAAGUCUUGGAGGAAGAGAGGCAGCGGGGACGGUUCUUACAGCAGUGUCCUUCUCGGGAGAUGAGGAUGGAAGAGGUCAAGGGUUUCCAGGCAGCGCGGUUACAGAAAACAGAGGAAUAUGAGAAGAAACACUGUGGUGGGUUCCGGCUCAUCUACCCUGGUCUGAAUUUGGAGAAGUAUGAGAAGUUUUUCCAGGACAAUAGCUCCCUCUUCCAGAAUACUAUUGCUUCCAGAGCCCGAGAGCUGUAUGCCCGGCAGCUGAUCCAGGAACUGAGGCAAAAACAGGACAAAAAACCGUUCCUAAAGAAAGAGAAGAGGGCGGAGAUGCAGGGCGAGUCUCCGGGUGAGCAGGCAAGAGACAAGACUGUGAGAGCCUGGCAACAGACAUGGCAACCGAAGUGCAAGACAGCCACCCAUCCCCCAAAACAACGCUACCACCCGGUGACUUUAGUAUCCUGCACACCCGGCUUGUUCUUGAACAUCAGAGGCAUAAGGAAGAACGAAACUGCCGGGAGCCUCCCUCAGAAGGGCUCCAAGAAGGAGGCCAGCCUCGCCCCCUGCAAGCCCAUGUCCGCAAGGCACUUCAGUUCUGUCCCUGACCUGAGGAGUUCAAAUCCCAACUGCUUGGGGACAGAGUUCCGCAAGUCCAACACCAAAGUCAAGGAAGUGAAGUCAGCCCUUGCGAUGAACAUAAUCAGCAACACCCUGCCCUUAACAUCUGUAGAAACUUCCCCAGAACCCACAUCCCGGCUCUCGACCUCUCUCGAAUCCCUGGCAAGCCUGAGCCUAACCAGCAGCCCUGAGUGCAGCAGCCCUGAGAGUGUCCAUAUGCUCUAUAAGUACAAGCAGCAGCAGAUCUUCCACAAGCUGACCCAGGAGAAAAGUUCCAAACUUCCCACGUCUUCCAAACCCAGGAGUUUGGACCAGAGGUGGACCUUGCUAAAGAAUGAAGUGAGGAGGCAGCAUCUGAUGUCAGAGAUAAUGCAGAAGGUUCAGAUGAAGAAGAGACGCUACUUGUUUCCGGCUCCCAAGUCACAAAACCCGUCCUUGCCCAAGGACUGCUGCCUCCACAGCCACAGCUUCGGCAGGAAGAGAGAGAUGGAUGUAUCCUCCGUCCUCCUCAUGCAGGGUUCUCACAGUCAUACUGAACCUCUGAAUGACCUUCUGGUAGUUGCCACUCAGGCCCGUCUGGACCCUCGGCCUAGCAGAAACCAUUCCAUUACUACAAGGGACCCAGAUACUACAAGGGACCCGGGUACUACAAGGGACCCGAAGCACACUGCCAUUGCCUGAUCUCUGGUCAGAAGGAUGUGAGAGCUCAGUGUCUCCAACGUCUAUAGAGUGGACUGGAAGCUUCAUUUCCUCAUCUAGAAAUUCUGGUCUGAUAACUAUGUCUCACUGGCACCUUUGAGGACAGCGGCCUUCUGUGCCAUCCCAGUCAGUACAGUGCUGCAGGAAUAUGGGACCAGGACUUCUAGGGAUCCAGUGCUGCCCCCUCGGACAGUUGCCUCAGCUGUGAUGCUUCUCUGACUCCCUCACAGGAUGGCCAUUGUCAUCCAGAACCCUCCCCCAGGAUAAGCAACUUGAGGGAGGAGUAAGGGGAGGACUCCCGAUUUCCAGGAGUCCAGAGCCUCGUUCCACCUGCUGGCCUGUGUUUGUCCGCCCUUCUCUCUAAAGAAAGAGGAGGCAGAGUUGGGACUAAGUGUGGUGGAAUUCUGAGUCUUGAUGAAAAGCAUCGGGACAAUUGCAAAUUCACCAGCCAAAGCAAUUAUCUCCCACUGCAGCCAGCCCUAAGGCCUGCCACCUCAGUUCCCAGACUGCCUCUUGCUGCUAUCCCCUUCAGUCUUGCUGGCAAAGACAGGUAAUAUGAAAGUACGUAGCCUGCAGGUGUUUUUUCCAUUGCCCUGCAGAAAUUAUAUGUCUUCCCUCAUGUGUACAUUAAUAAAAUAAAUUGCCAUGCUCAAUA